UGGGCAUAAGAUAUCGCACACGUGAAUGGUGCGUGGUGCGUGGUCCCUCAAGAACCUGGUGAUGGCCUGGGCUGCUAGGCCGGCCGUUGGUGACGGUGGUAGUGGGACGCUGUCCCGUUCGGUAGCUUGGUUUGGUCGGCAUCGCGAGAUCGGCAAGGGGAAAAUGAAGGGGGUGUCGCAGGAGGGCGUCGGUCGAUCACACGACAUCAACAUACCUCCAAUCCCUCACCCACUUCCUCCACUCCUGGUCCUCAUCCCUCCGCUCAAGGGCAUCCUCCAUCCCCUUUCUUCCCCCGCUCUCAAGCUCGGGCUCAGGCUGGGGCUCCCGCUCGUCUAACAAUUCCCGUUUCUCUAGCCCUUCUUCAGGGAUAGGGGCACGACGGACAAGCACGAGCGGCUUAGGUGAGUCCCAGCAUUUGGUGCUCGCUGUUUCAGGGCAGUUGGCGCCGUCCAGCCCGUUGGAGGACAUGCUAUCCGUUCUCAGCAAUCCGGUCCUUAGGUCGUAGGCGCAUACACCGGCAUUUUGAUACCCGCAGUCGAGCCGUUGGGAGACUUCG